GGGAGCGUGGGGGGCACAGGCUGCACACCGGGCGCCCACCAUCACCCCCUCCAGUCCCUCUCCGUGUCUCCUCCUCUUCCUCCCUCCACUUUCUCUCAUUCAUCGCUCGGCCCCCGCCUCCUCCCUCUCUCCCUGUUCAGCGCUGUCCUCCCUUCUGUGCGAUCAUCCGGCUGAGUGAUCGGGUGCCAGAGAGGUUUGAUGGCAGAAACAAAGAAGCCAUGAAGACCAAGUAGAAGGAAUUGAAGAAUGCUUCUCCGAAACCGCUUUAUCUUACUGCUGGCCCUGGCUGCCCUUCUAGCCUUUCUAAGCCUCAGUCUUCAGUUCUUCUCCAGAUGGCUACCUGUCAGCAUGCAGCUUAAGACGCACACCCAUGUUCUCCCAGACACAAGUCAUGGCUGGAAGAAGUGGUCCAGGCCAGAUGGAAAAGACAGGAACAGUGAACAUUACCAAUCUGAGAACACGUGUCUCAACUGGUUACCAGUUCGGUUCAUACCCGCUAUGUCCGAGAGGGAAGAAGCACUUAGUGCCAAAAAUCGUAAAAGAAUCAUGCCGGACCUGCUGACCGAGCCUUCUGCAUCUGAUCCACUGUAUGAAGCCAACCUAUACUGUAAUACGCCUGGAGUAGCAGAGCGCAGCAUGGAAGGCCAUGCACCUCAUAACUUUAAACUGUUGUCCGUCCAAGUGAUGAUCCGUCAUGGUGAUAGGUAUCCACUGUAUGCUAUUCCGAAAACCAAGAGACCUGAUAUUGACUGUGUCCUGGAGCCAGACAGGAAGCCGUCCCACCCAAACUUGGCAGAUUUUAUUAAUCACAUGGUAAAAGGAUCAGAAGGCCAGCUGGACGGUACGUUGAGCAGCCUGCCACGUUUUCCCAGCCAUUCACAGUGCGAGAUGGGAGAAUUAACCCAAACAGGUGUUGUGCAACAUUUGAAUAACGGACAAAUUCUGAGGGAAAAUUACUUGAAGAAACACAAACUUCUGUCAAAAGACUGGACGGCAAAGCAGCUUUACAUUGAAUCCACUGGAAAAAGCAGGACGCUGCAGAGUGGGCUGGCCUUACUGUACAGCUUCCUGCCUGGCUUUGACUGGAAGAAGAUAAGCAUUAGGCACCAGUGGAGCAGUAUAUUCUGCUCCAGUCACUGUGACUGUCCCAUGAGGAACCACUACCUUGAAGAAGAGCAGCGUCGCCAAUACAGCUAUAGAAUUAAAAACGUCCAACUCGAAAAGACUUAUAUCGAUAUGGCCAAAGUGGUCGGGGUCCCCACUAGGCUGUUAAGAGCCUCCAAUCCCAUCGACUCUUUGCUAUGCCAUUUUUGCCACAAUGUCACCUUCCCCUGCACCAAGAAUGGAUGUAUAGACAUUGAGCACUUUAAGGUCAUUAAAGCACAUCAGAUCGAGGACGAGCGGGAGAGACAUGAGAAGCAGCUCUAUAAUAAGUAUUCACUUUUGGCAACCUACCCUCUGUUAAACCAGACCGCCGUCCGAAUGCAACGGAUAUCAGAAGGCAAACAGGCCGAAGUGUUUGCCUUAUACUCUGCCCACGAUGUGACCCUCUCGCCUGUCCUCAGUGCCAUUGGUCUCACGGAGGCCAGGUUCCCUCGUUUUGCCGCGCGCUUAGUAUUUGAACUAUGGCAAAAUACUGAGAAACAAAAGGAACACUAUGUUCGAGUUCUGUACAAUGGGGAGGAUGUCACUUUUCAGACUUCGUUCUGCAGGGAGCACCAGAGGCGCUCAAGCCGGCCUCUAUGUCCACUUUCCAAAUUUGUCAACUUUGUGAAGAAAGAAAUGUUCUCAGCCCUGAACAGUACCAGCUAUUAUGAUGCGUGUCAUUAAAGGUUGUUUUAGGGGUCCAUUCACACGUCUGUAGUUCUGGGUCCCCUUCAGACCCAUUCAUUUCAAUGGGGCCGCAAAAGAUGCGAACAGCAUACCGCGUGUCUGCAUCCAUAGUUCCGUUCCGCGG